ACUCAAAUUCUUCAUGUUAAAAAAAAAAAAUUCACAUUCACAAGGUGACAGAACACUGAGCGAGAAUGAUAUGGCGAAGAACCUUAACAACCUCCACCGUCGCCACGUCAGCAUUGAAGCAGAAGAAGAAAUGGGACGCGAUCGUCAUCGGCGGUGGUCAUAACGGCUUGAUCUCCGCCGCUUACUUAGCUCGCGCUGGCCUCUCAGUCGCCGUCCUCGAACGCCGUCACAUUAUCGGCGGUGCCGCUGUCACGGAGGAGAUAAUCGCUGGCUUCAAGUUCUCUCGCUGCAGCUACCUCCUCAGCCUCCUCCGUCCUCAAAUCAUAAGAGAGUUGGAGUUGAAACGACACGGGUUGAAGCUGUUGAAACCGAUGGCGUCGUCGUUUACACCGUCGUUGGAUGGGCGUUACUUGCUAUUAGGACAGAGUGAUGAGAUGGAUCAUUCUGAGAUUUCUAAGUUUUCCAAAAGAGACGCCGAUGCUUAUUUCAGAUAUGAAGCUCAACUCCAGAAGUUCAGUAAGUUACUAGAUUUCGUUUUGGAUUCGCCUACCCCUGAAAUUCUGCAUGGCAGUGCUUCUACAGUUGACUUGCUGAGGCAUAAAUUGCAGAGAUCUAAGUUUUGGGCUCAGUGUCUGGGGCAUACUCUCUCCUUGGGUCAAAAGGGCAUGGUGGACUUAAUGGAAUUAUUACUGUCUCCAACCUCGAAGGUCCUGGACAAAUGGUUUGAGUCAAAUUUGUUGAAGGGAACACUUGCAGGAGAUGCUAUCAUUGGGAGUAUGAUGAACAUCAACACUCCUGGAAGUGGAUAUGUUUUGCUACACCACAUAAUGGGUGAAACUGACGGUGAUCGUAAUAUUUGGUCGCAUGUAGAGGGUGGUAUGGGUGCAGUAUCCUUAGCUAUAUGUAGAGCUGCUAAAGAAGCAGGUGUUCAUAUUGAAACAGAUAAAGAGGUUUUAAAGGUGAUGGUGGCAGAAUCUGGCAGGGCAAAUGGAGUAUUGCUGGCUGAUGGGACUGAAGUGCACUCUUCAGUUGUUUUGUCUAAUGCAACUCCUUAUAAGACCUUUAUGGAACUGGUACCUCGAGAUUUUCUUCCUGUUGAAUUUCUUUGUGCAAUUAAGCAUUCCGACUACAGCUCUGGAACAACAAAAAUCAAUGUAGCUGUUGAUAAGCUGCCUCAGUUUCCCUGUUUCAAGAUAAAUAAUACAGAAGUAGGUCCACAACAUACUGCUACGAUCCAUAUUGGUUUUGAAAGUAUGGAGGAGAUUAUAUCAGCUUGCCAAGAUGCUUGUAAUGGCAUACCAUCACAAAGGCCUGUGAUGGAGAUGACAAUCCCUUCUUCAUUGGACGACACCAUAUCUCCACCUGGUAAGCAUGUCAUCAGCUUAUUUACGCAAUAUACACCUUACAAACCCUCAAACGGUAGCUGGGACAAUGCUGCAUACAGAGAAUCAUAUGCACAAAGAUGUUUUAACUUGAUUGAAGAACAUGCGCCUGGCUUCUGCUCAUCCGUCAUAGGUUAUGACAUGCUAACACCACCAGAUUUGGAAAGGGAAAUUGGACUGACAGGAGGAAAUAUCUUCCAUGGUGCUAUGGGUUUGGAUUCACUUUUCGUGAUGAGACCUGUCAAAGGCUGGUCAAAUCAUAAGACACCAAUCAAAGACCUGUAUUUAUGUGGAAGUGGAUCUCAUCCUGGAGGGGGUGUCAUGGGCGCACCGGGAAGAAAUGCUGCACGUAUUGUUUUGCAGGAAUUUAAGAAUCGAUAUUAAUAAGAUCUGUAUUUUUGUAUCUAAUCUAAUCUGUCUAUUAAUAUUACUUUUCUAUGUAAUCAUCAACAUUCAGGAAAACAUAAAUCGUGUUAAGAAGGAGGCUAAAUUUUAAUAUGAUACUGUAAUAUGACAGUGGCAUUGUAUAAGAUAUAUUGUAUAGUAUAGAAUAAUAUCCUAUGUUCUUAAUUACCGAAUAACAGAAAAGUCUUAGACUAACAGCUACUUAUACUUAUAGAUCUAAAUGUACAACAUUUGUAUUUAUUGGCAAAUAAGCACAAGAUUUUAUA